GUGCAACGUCCAGGAAGUAAACAUCUGAUUUGUUUAAUUAAUCUAAAUUAGAGAUGGACUCGUCAGUAUGUCGUGUUUGCCUGGAGAGCCAUCCGAACAUGGUCAAUAUUUUUGAAGGGACACAUGAAGCUGGAAUCUCCAUUUCCGAUAUGAUUUCUGAGUGCACCGGCUUUAAGCUUGAGAAAGGGGAUCGACUUUCCCAAACCAUUUGUACUCCCUGCCUGCAGGAUGCGCAAAAUGCAUUCAAUAUAAAGAACACCUACGAAAGGAGCACCCUGUUAUAUAGUCAGUUCAAAAAUAAUUCCAAUGAGGAGAAUCUUGUUAACUUUCAGUGUGAAGUACAAGUGAAGGACGAAGACGAAGAUUGUCCAAUUAAGGAGGAACCUGAACCAGACCUGUGCCAGGUGAAGAACGAACCACUUGCUGAAGACGCUUUCGAGGAGGAACACAGUUCCAGUCCUUUUUCAGACCACGACAAUCAGUCCGAAAGUCAAGUGAAGAUCGAGGAAGAUUAUGGAAGUGAUGAAUAUUGUGAGCCUGAAUGUAAGGAUGGUGCAAAUAUCAGUCCCCAUAAAUGCUCCCAAUGUCUGAAGACAUUUACUUUGAAAAAAAGUCUUCAACGCCACAUGCUAAUUCACGCCGAAGACCGACCGUUCAAGUGCGCCGUCUGCUCAAAGGAUUUCGCUACCAAUGGAACUCUUCAAGAACACAUACAAUCACAUGAGCGACUCUUUAACUGUACUCACUGCUCGAAAAGCUUCAAACGUAAAUUACAUCUUCAGGAGCACUUGCUUACACACACGGGGGAAAGACCCUUCAAAUGUCCCCACUGCUCAAUGGAAUUUAAACGUAGUUCAAAUUGUCGUUCUCACAUGCGAAAGCAUUUAGGAAAUCAUUUGAAAUGUACAUACUGCCCAAAAACUUUUGCUCGGAAGUCAGGCUUAAAAUUUCACUUGGCGACCCACACUGGAGAACGGCCUUUUGAGUGCACUGAAUGCUCAGCGACUUUUGUGAGGAAUUCAAAUCUUCGGGAACACAUGCGAACGCACUCCGAAGAGCGACCCUUCCAGUGCACCCAGUGCCCAAAAAACUAUACUAAAAAGGCGCAUCUUCAGGAUCACAUGCGUGUUCACACUGGAGAACGACCGUUUAAGUGUACCCAUUGCUCCAAGGAUUUCACACAAAGCAGACAUCUUCUGGAUCACUUGCGAACGCAUGUUGGAAAAGUCUUUAAGUGUGAGAUCUGCUUAGAAACUUUUGAAAGCUGUGGAAAUUUGAGGCUUCACCAGCUGCUCCACCCAGAGGAACGAACGUUCAGUUGUCCUGAAUGCUCAGCGACCUUUGUUAGCAAUGGGUCCCUUAAAACACACAUUCUAACAACACAUGCAAUUAAAAGACCGUUUGAGUGCACCGAGUGUCCAAAAAGUUUUAGAAAUAAGACACACUUAAAGAUACACUUGGCAGUCCACGCUACGGAGCGACAAUUUAAGUGUACUGAAUGCCCAAAAACGUUUACGAGAAACGAUUCUCUUCGAAUACACAUGCGGGUUCAUACGGGUAAUCGACCGUUUGAGUGUACCCAGUGCUCAAAAAACUUUUAUACGAAGCCAAAGCUUGAGGCACACCUGCGCGUACACACAGGAGAACGGCCGUUUAAGUGCGCCUACUGCUCAAGGGCAUUUAAAGUCCAAUCUUGCCUAAAAGUACACAUUAGGAUUCACACAGGAGAACGACCGUAUAAGUGUCCCCAAUGCUCAAAGAGUUUUUCCCAAUCUACACCUCUAAAACAACAC